CGAUGCCUCGGGCUCCGCGCCGCAGCUGCCCUGACCUGGCCGCGACCUCCGACAGCGCGCCCCGCCGGCACGGCCUCUCGGAGGGCUCCCCAGCCACGGCCCAGCUCCGCCACACCCCCCGCCCCCGGCCUCCGCAGCUCGGGAUGAGCGCGGGGGCGCUCGCCCUGGGCGCCUCCGAGCCCUGCAACCUGUCGUCCGCCGCGCCACUGCCCGACGGCGCGGCCACGGCGGCGCGGCUGCUGGUGCCCGCGUCGCCGCCCGCCUCGCUGUUGCCUCCCGCCAGCGAGGGCCCCGCGCUGCUGUCGCAGCAGUGGACGGCUGGCAUGGGCCUGCUUAUGGCGCUCGUGGUGCUGCUCAUCGUGGCGGGCAACGUGCUGGUGAUCGUGGCCAUAGCGAAGACACCGCGGCUGCAGACGCUCACCAACCUGUUCAUCAUGUCCCUGGCCAGCGCCGACCUGGUCAUGGGGCUGCUGGUGGUGCCCUUCGGGGCCACCAUCGUGGUGUGGGGCCGCUGGGAGUAUGGCUCCUUCUUCUGCGAGCUCUGGACCUCGGUGGACGUGCUCUGUGUGACGGCCAGCAUCGAGACCCUGUGUGUCAUUGCCCUAGACCGCUACCUCGCCAUCACGUCGCCCUUCCGCUACCAGAGCCUGCUGACGCGCGCGCGGGCGCGGGCCCUCGUGUGCACCGUGUGGGCCAUCUCGGCGCUCGUGUCCUUCCUGCCCAUCCUCAUGCACUGGUGGCGGGCCGAGGGCGACGAGGCGCGCCGCUGCUACAACGACCCCAAGUGCUGCGACUUUGUCACCAACCGGGCGUACGCCAUCGCCUCGUCCGUGGUCUCCUUCUACGUGCCGCUGUGCGUCAUGGCCUUCGUGUACCUGCGGGUGUUCCGAGAGGCGCAGAAGCAGGUGAAGAAGAUCGACAGCUGUGAGCGCCGCUUCCUCAGCGGCCCCGCGCCCGAGCCAGGGCCCCCGCGCCCGGACCCCGGCUCCAGCCCCGGCUCCGGCUCCGCGGCCGCGCUGGCCAACGGGCGCCACAGCAAGCGGCGGCCGUCGCGCCUCGUGGCCCUGCGCGAGCAGAAAGCGCUCAAGACGCUGGGCAUCAUCAUGGGCGUGUUCACGCUCUGCUGGCUACCGUUCUUCCUGGCCAACGUGGUGAAGGCCUUCCACCGCGACCUGGUGCCCGACCGCCUCUUCGUCUUCUUCAACUGGCUCGGCUACGCCAACUCGGCCUUCAACCCCAUCAUCUACUGCCGCAGCCCCGACUUCCGCAAGGCCUUCCAGCGCCUGCUCUGCUGCGCGCGCCGGGCCGCCCGCGGGUGCCAUGCGAACCCCCACGCCCGGCCGCGCGCCUCGGGCUGCCUCGCGCGCGCCGGACCGCCACCGUUGCCCGGGGCAGCCUCGGACGAGGAGGACGACGACGUCGGGGCCACGCCACCCGCGCGCCUGUUGGAUCCCUGGGCAGGCUGCAAUGGUGGGGCGGCGGCGGCGGCGACGGCGGACAGCGACUCGAGCCUGGACGAGCCGUGCCGCCCGGGCUUCAACUCCGAGUCCAAGGUGUAGGGCCCAGCGCGCCCCCCGCGUCCGGGACGCGCGCCCUGUGCCCGGGGAGGAGGAGCAGGAGAGCUCGCCCGGGGAACCGCGGGGUGCGGGUGGAGGGGAGAGGAGGUGGGUGUUUACCAACGGCGGGUGACCGCAUUGUCCAGGGCAGACAGAAAGGCCGCGGGGCCUUUGCCCAGGAUGGAAGGUUUGGGGAACGGGUGGGAGAGUGGCUUGCCCAGUUUUCUGCGUGCGUUUUCUGUCUGUGUUGGGCCUCGGGUGCGUGCGUGUGAUGCCUCUGGGGAAUUUUUCUUUCUUUCUUUCUUUCCAGGUGGUUUUUGACACUUUCUGCGACGGGGACUGGAGUGCAGGUGGGGUGGGUCGAGGGAGGGGAAGGAAGAAGCAGCAAGAGAUGAAAAUACCCGCUUGGCUUCUAUCCCGCUGCCGGGAACUCGCGCAGUCAACCAGAGAGGGAGGCUAGGACGGCUUGUCAGGACGGUUUCCUUUUGCUUCCCAGAGGGAUUUCGUGGUCAUUCCCGAGUAGUGAUUUCUCCUUUCUUGAAGCGAAGGGAGAGGAUGGAUGCCUAACAGUCAGGUUUUCGGAUGUUUUCAGCAGCGCUCGGAACACGUUUCUCCGCGCCCCGAGCCCUGGGCGCCCCCCUGGUCAGGUUGAGGGCUGUCUACCUCACACUGUGCGCGACGCACAGCAAGAUAGGAAGACUUGUUUAUAUUAAACAGCUUAUUUAUGUAUCAAUAGUCGUGGGAAGGACCAGGCGUUGUGACAUGUGACUCUGUCCAUUGAAGACAGGACAGAAGCAGAAUUUAAAAAGAAGAAAAAGGGAGGGAGAAAAGGAAAUAGUUCAGAUUACUGCACAUGUGGAUACAAACACAUAAAAAAGAAGUGGUUCAAGACGCCAUUUUUGCACAGUGUUAGGAAUCAUAAAGUCCACAGAUGAUGUUACUUGCACAAAAAGAAAUGAAAUAUUUUUUAACGGGGUGGGGGGGAGAGCUUAAAAACUCGAAUAAAAUUCGAAUUCUACUUCUGUUGUCUAUUAUGUUAUUGAGCUAAUGAUUUAUUGGGGAAAUACCUUUUUAUACUCUUUUAUCAUGGUACUGUAACUGUAUCCAUAGUAUAAAUAUUAUCUUAAGGAUUUUUUAAUUAUUUUUUUAUGUCCAAGUGCUCACGUAAACCUGCUGGUAAAAUCUAGCCCUUGUGUGUAAAUUCUACUUCCUCUUGUGUGUUUGACCAAGUAUUUAUACUCCAGUGCAACUAACUACUGUGUGAGGAAUUGGUCCAUGUGCAAUAAAUACCAAUGAAGCACAAUCAA